UUAUUUUUAAUUCAUACUUUUUUUUUUUAGUUUUUUAUUUCUAAAUUUGUGUAUGUGAAUGUGAAAAAGCAAUUUUAAACCACUACUUAACAGUUGACAUUUUCAGGUAUAGAUACUUUUCAUGUUACCCUAUUUUGAUCAGUUAUCGUUUGCUCAUGUGAACAUGCGCACGCUGUGAUUACUAAUUCUUCAGACUCCUGACGUCAUGAAUCAUUUCACGAACGAAUCAGACCGGGCGCGUGGCCGGUUCUCUCAUCUCGUUCUCUCGUUCUCUCUGCGUUUUCGUUCUUUCGAAUCUUUCAAGGUACCGGCUCUCAAAGAGCUGGAUCUUUACAUCGCGAACGAAUCGCAAGAUUUCGUUCUCUCAAAGAUUCGUUCUUUUUGAACGAAUCGUUCACGAACGACCCAUCACUACUCUGGCGAAAGCCUUCAGGAGUUCGCGGUACAAUGCGAAGGCGACCGCCAUGUUUGGAAGCUGUAACGCUUACAUCACCGAGUUCUGCGUGCCGGUAAAUAUUAUUAUUCAACCGAAACCUACAGUACUUAAUUCACAUCGAAUACUUGGACCAGUUUGUGGUGCAGGGUGUGACCCUCCCGCUGUAACUUCUUCGCCGCGCGACCGCACCGUGAAGUUUUAAAAAGUGUACAGGGCCGACUGAAUCGGAUCGCUACAGCGGGACUCAUCAGAGGGCGCAGACGAAUAACGUGAAGAGCAACACAUGUUAACAGUGUUUCCAGUGUAAUUUGUAGCAUACCGACGCAGUCUUAGUACCCGUCCAUAGGCUCGUGUGAAUAAAACCACGCCUGCCAAAACGUUUGUCUCAUUCAGUAGUUCUCCGCCCAACCUAUUUGGGAAUUUAUUUAUUUAUUUAUUUAUUUAUUUAUUUAUUAUCUUCCAGUUUUAUACACUCACAAGGUGAAAUAGGAGUUGUCAAUUGAUUACAAUAUUAUAAAUGAUAAAAAUCAUAACAAACAAUAUAAUAAACAUCACACAAAGUAUAAAAAGGACAUAUUAUGUAAAAGCUCAGAAAUAUAAAACAAAAAUACACAAUAAAAUAAUAAAAUUGACACACUGGGGCCUGGUGGCUCACACCAACCCUUGGGUUAGAUGUCCGGGCUAACCUGGCACCCUUUGUACCAAUCUCAUAUUUAAAUUAUUGUAAAUUACUUCCACUCCACUAUAAUUUCACCUCCUCCUUUGUCAGCUACAUUGGGACGGAUGGUACACUUCCACCCCAGAGUGCAAUGCUGCUCUUCCAUAUAACUGGUGGUGGGCGAACAACAAGAAUAUCAUCAGCAACAGGGUGACGUCCACAUAGUCUCCACUUCCACUACUCUAUCAGAAAUGGGCUCAUGCCAACCUUACCUAAUAACCAUUAAAUGGUAAAAUAUCGGUAAACUAUACUUGAAAUACUACAAUGUCAUUUUAGAGAAUGAUUAUUAAGUAUGCCAGGUAGUAAAAAAGUGUGGUUUUUAUGCAAAUAUAUAUUUGAGUUCAGUCAGAUGUGAGCUUAUGUUAUAAAAAAAAAAACAAUUAAAUGGUAGAUUAAAUAUCAACACACUUGGAACAGUAUUCCCCACUGUUUCUUAAUAUGUAAUGUCUUAUGAGCCGCAACUGUGUGACUUCUUGCGUAUAGACCUGAGAAACUUGACCUUUUGAAGUUUAACUUCUUUUUUACAUAUGAAAUUGUCAUGUUGCAAGGUGGUGCUGCGAUAAGACAAUGGACUGACUUUCCACAAGACUCAGGUUUGAAUCCUGGUUGGGAUAUCCUGACUUUGGUUUUCCAGAGCCUCCUGAUAUCAUUCCAGGUAAAUGCUGAGAUGGUUUCUCACUAUAGACCAUGGCAGAUUAUUUCUCCAUUUCCCUUGCACUGAAUUGUUGAGUUUGUCUGUUUCUAACGACCUCGCUGCAACACAUUUACAUUUAACCAAUUUAAGUUGAUUUUUUUUUGUUUCCAGAUUGGCAGUACACGGGCUUGGUGGCUAUAAUGCUCAUUAUGGGUGUCUGCAAUGUAAUAGGAGAUCUCGUCCGCAACAUCCAGUUUCCAUAUCCUAUAUUGUUAUUGGCGGGCGGAGGGGUGUUGGGCUGGUACUCUGAUAUCAACGAAUCCCUUGAUAAAUUCUUGCAGGUCACCAGUUUGCACCCCAGAGUAUUAUUGAUGAUAUUCUUGCCAGCAUUCGUUUUCAGAACUGCUUACAAUACAGACUCGCGGCUUUUCAAAAUCUGCGUAUGGCAGAUUUUACUCGUCGGAUUUGUGGGAGUAAUAACAUCAUCUUUAGUAAUAGGAGUUAUUCUAAUGGUUUCAUUAAACAAACAUGGUUGGACGUUUGAGAAUGCAUACUUGUUUGGUUCAAUUGCCAGCACGACAUAUCCUCACAUGAUAAUUAACAUUCUACAAAGUACAGGUCAGUCCAAACCACUGUGUGUGCUACUUGAAGGAGAAUACAUGAUUCACGAUGCUUAUGCUAUGAUGGUGUUCUAUUUGAUCAUCUUUGAAAUUGUUUCACCAAACACAGGAGUUCUGAAAAAUAGUGUUGAUAUCUUCCUGUACUGGGUCUGCGGCCUCAUCAUAGGACUGGUUCUUGGGAGGAUCAUUACGUAUUGUGCUCAAAGGUUUUUCACCAAUGUAAAUCAGCUGAUAUUGAUCACAGUUUCAGCGACUUACUUGGCAUUCUAUUUAUGCGAAGACAUAGAAGAUUUCUCAGGCGUGGUCGCAGUGGCCUCCAUGGGCAUGAUGUUGGGCCGCGCCAAGAACUCCUUCGCCAGCAACAUAGGCCUGUUGCUCAGCGAGACGUGGGAGAGCCUGUGUCUCGCGUCCGAGGCAGUCGUGUUCAUUCUCAUCGGCCUGAUGAUGGUGAAGAACCUCAACGACAGAUUUGACUGGGAUGACUUGUUGCUCGCCAUCAUUGUCUACAUUAUCACCAACGUGUCCAGGAUAGUGGUGUACCUGGUGCUGUUGCCGAUGUUGUCGCGGCUGGGCAGCGGGCUGAGCUGGCAGAACGCCAUCGUGGCCAUGUGGGGCGGGCUGCACGGCAUCCUCAGCAUGUUGCUGGCGCUCAUGGCCGCCCGCACCAGCCACUUCGUGCACAUCGGGCCCCAGUUCACGAUACUCAUGACUAUGAUCGUGAUCCUGACAUACCUGAUCAACGGCUCCAGCAUCACCGUGGUGUUGAGCAAGCUGGGACUGCUGACUAUCUCCUCCAGCAGGAAGGCCAACAUGAGGAAGGCUCUCGCAAGCUUGUACGACAUUCGCGAGAGGCACUUCAGUAUUUUGAAGCUGGCGAAGUACUUCCCUAUGGUCAACUGGAAGGUUGUAGAUGAAGCAACAACUAUCAACAACCCCUACAAUAAGGGCAAAGACAAAACAGACGACGACUUUGAGCUGGGGAACGAUUUUGAAGGACCUCACAUGUCAGUUUGCCCGAGCUGCAAGAAGGUGCACUACGGUAUUCCCAACGAAAACGAGCUGAAGGAAAUGCGCAGAAUUGCGCAGCUGAAAAUGUUGCAUGCAAGAAAGGCAAUGUACUGGCGGCAGCUACAGCGAGGGAUGAUCUCAAAGAAUGGCGCCUUGUUCCUUGUGCACUGUGUCGAGAAUGCCCUGGUGAGGGAGAAGAUGAACAUAGACAUGAACGAGAUCAAGGCCCUCUGGACGGAAAAGUACUUUUACAAGUUCUACAAGUACUGCUUCAAAAUGGUUGCCACCGACCGAGGCACCAUGGUGGCAGACGUGACUCGCAGGUGGAGGAUUUUGUUUUUCACGAUUGUUUCUCGGAAGUCUUUUGUCUACUUUUACUGUUGUAUUAUAAUCAUCCAUGAUUUAAUAAUCAUUGAAGAAUUUGCUACAAAAUUAUUUUUAACUGUUUGGUUGUGGAACAAAGUGUUCAAUAUAUUCAACUUAAUAUUCACUGCCCUUUACGGCAUAGAGAUUGUCUUCAAGGUUGGCGCAUACGGAUUUUAUCUUUACACCAGAGAACGGUUGAACAACAUCGACUUAAUUCUAAUGGUCACCUGUACUUUGAAUGUUGUAAUUGACGUCGUGUUGACUCUCGGGCUGACCAGAGGUACCGUCAUACAGCAGUUUAUCAUCGAUGCAGGUAUAAUUUGCCGGUUGCUGAAUCUCGUCAGGACUGUCAGACUGUUGAAGGUAUUAAUUCCAAUAGUGUCAGGAAUAUUGUACUCGAGAAUGCAGAUAUUUAUGUGUGAAGCAUUUGAAGUUUGCCAUAAUUUUCUGUGGAUAGAAGAACAGAUUCUCGUGUUGUUGGACUUCAUCGUCAUCUACGAAGAACUGCGCAAAGAGCUGUGGGCUGAAUCUGACAGUGUCCGUUUUGACAUGAUGAGGUUGCUGGCCUCUAUUCAAACAAAGACUCCUGGUGUUGAGAUUGACGUGAAGACUACCCUAGCCAUUCAGGGAACGCUGAUAUAUUUAAAAGAGUAUUUAAAGAAUCUCAAGGAAAUAGAGGGUCACAUCGACACUCAAGAAUACAUGACGCUAGUCAACCAAAUUGAAACGAAGCUCAGAGAAACUAGCAAUACCAUGACGUGGGAUAACACAAACACCGUAUCUUCUAUACUUACUUCUAUUCCUUGGCUUGCUUUUAAUAAAGAAUUUGCGGACUUCAUAGAAGAUCGUGGAAUUGUGCUCAAGUUCAAACAAGGAGAGCAAAUUUAUGUUCCAAGUCAGAUACCACUUAAAAUCUAUAUUGUGAUAUCCGGCGCUUUUGAUGUACACUUCAGACUCGAAGACUAUCACCGAGACUCUGAAGUGCAACCCGGACGGCUGCCCAUAGUCGACUACCUCACAAACUUUGACUGGAAGAAUGUGCGCAAAUACGAUGAUUUUGUGGAGAUGGUGACGUUGGCAGGCGUGAUCGGGGAGCUGGGUUACCUCACCGGCCGGCAGUACAACUCGACAGUGACGUGCAACACCCCACUCCAGGUCCUAUGUAUAUCCACUUAUGUGCUGAACGAUGCGAUCAAGAAAUUCAAAGGUACGAGGGUGAAGUCUCUCAUGUGGAAGUCUGUGACAGCUCGUUUCAUCCCGCAUUUGUUGUCGAAAGUGUCAAUCUACCAGGACAAGAUGCUGGACGAGAUGACCCGGCUGGUGUCCCGGGCGCUGGUGGUGACGCUGCGUGGCACCAAGACCCUGGUGGUGACGGGCGUCGUCAAGGAAGUGGUGCUGUUGGAGGGCCAGGUGCGCGACAAGGAGGGCAACCAGUACUUCGGCCCGUCCUGCCUCCCGCACAUCACCCUGGUCACCCCCGCGGACCGAAAAGAAAUGGAUCCGUGCAUACUGCUGGUAAUCCUCGAUGAAUCGGCAGGAGAGUGUUACAUCGUAGAUAAAGGAAAUCAGGUGAAGGCGCAACCACUACAGCUAGCCAAGUGUCACCUGCACGCAAUGGAAAGCCAGCAUCCUGAAGUGAAGAGGGUCCGAGAGAGUUUGAAACAUCAAGAUUAAAUAUGUAAAAAAAACUGAUACGAGAAAGAAGAAACAGAAGAGUUUAUGAAGUUUAUUUGAAAGCUGUUAAAUACAUUUGUGUUGUGUAGAUGUUAGUAUUAAAAUAGUAUAAAUUACCAUAGUAAAAAUUUUAAUUGCCAAUAAUGUUUUAGUCUAUGGUACUGUACAAUAAACCUUGUUUCAAAAAUGAUAAA